AUGUUCUAUGAUGCCCCGCGGACGCUUCCGGGCACCGGACGCACCGUGGAGCUGAACCCCGAGCUGUACUCCACCACUGUCACUGGCCCGAAGUAUUGCCAAAAGGCCCUAGAGAAGGCGGAAGCAGUCUUGGAUGAGCUGGAAGUGGAGGAAAGCGGCCCACACCAUUCACCCAAGCAAAGACCUGGCUCAGGAAAGUAUUCAGCUGUAGAGCUUGAAAAGGGGAGCGUCAAGGAAGUCCUGAAGGAUGUCAAACUGGCGACGAAAACAGCCAUGGUGGACAGAGGAAAGCCAGAACCACUUCCAGGUGUGAAUGGGUCCACUUGCGCGAGCUAUCCGGCGUGUGUCGCAGCUGGGAUGUCACAAGGGAAUUGCUGCCCCAAUUUGAACCAUAUUGCCCUCGACUGCUGCGAUGGCUUCCCCAAGGCGGUUUGGCAGGACGAUGAACAAUUCUCAUCCUCGGCGCUUGUGAUGCACUAA